UAAAACUUUCAAACUCUCAGUCGAAGAUAUUUGUCUGUAUUGAAAAAGUUAAAAGAUUAGUUCACCCCAAAAUGACAAUCGAAAAGGUGUAUUGUUUAUUCCUCACAUGUGACCUGUGUUAUCUUAGUGUGUGUUAUAAUUUCAGCUGCCCUAUUUCUAACAUACAUUUUACAUUUAGUUGCUUAGCAACAAUCCACUGCCAGAGGAAAGUGUGAAGAUGGGAAAUACUGCUCUGUUUUGAAAAAGUAUUUACACUGUUUUUCACCUUUCAUAUAACAUUACUGGCAACAUGCAGCUUUGAUACAUAGCUUUAUUCAAAAGCAGUUUGUGUAUUUUGAAACCUACUUCUGCCUGAAUACAACAAGGUAUUUACCCACAGUAGAAUACAGCAACAGUCAUGAUCAAUUAUUUUCAAAUGACUGGCUCUCUUCAUUUCAGAGAUGCACUAUACAGUAGAAGCAUAGCUUCUGGUCUGUUACAUAGCAAUAUCAAACCAUUAUAAUAACAUUUCGUUUCACUACUGCACAAUUCAUUUGUUUAGAAAUUGACAGUUUAUAUUCCUUUUUUCUUUGCUGCAUUUCGGGACGUUUCCUUCAAACUCCCACAUACUGGAACAAAAGGUCAGUGUGAAAUCUAAAUCCUAAAGCACUUCAUGUUCCGUCAAGACAUGAGGAUGUGCACUGUGUUUUUGUGGCAUGUGUGCUCUUUUGCACCUACCCACCCCCACACGACCACAUGAACAGUGAAUAUUUUAUGUUUUAUGCACACUGAUAUGCUUUACAGGUACUACAGAGGCUUUAGUCUGAUAAAUAGCAAAUGUUUAAAAGAGAGAUCUAUUCAUGUAUCAUGUAUUAAACAGCCCUCUGCUGCAUUUCUCUCUGGAAUUAUUUUUUUAAUAUUUUGUGUCAUACCUUACAUAAUGGGUUGAGCGAGAGAGAGAGAGCUGGAGUGGGUGACUGUCUCUACGCUCAUUCUGCGAGUUCUUCUACUGUGGUUAUCAUGGACAUGGAGUCAUCCUGUGCGCAGGUGACAGAGAUCUGAGAGCAGACUCGAGCAUGAUGGGCACUGAGAUCUUGGAGAAGGAACGCGACAUUCUGCAAAACACAGAAGAAGAGAAGAGGUAAAGGAUGUGAAGGCCUGUGUAAAGGAGGAACUGUCUGAGGAGCAGGAGAUGGAGGAGCUGAGGGCUCAAAUGCUGCAGCUUCUGAUAGAGCUGGAAGAAGCCCGAGACAUGUCUCAGAAACAUGAGGAGAGCUUCCUGGAGAUGCAAGGACUUCUGGAGGAUGAGCGAUUAGCUAGUGCUCAUCAGGCUGAGGCCUUCACAAGACAGAUCCAGCGUCUGCAAGCUCAGCUUCGCUCUGUUCAGGAGGAGAUGGUCAGCCUGGAAGAGGAGAAAGAAAUUGAGCUGCAGGAGGCGCGGGAGGAGCUGCGGGCAACGCAGGAGGAGGUCCUGAUCCUGCAGCAGGCAGCAGAGGAGGCUGCGGCUGAAAGAGAGAACGAUAUCGCCAGUCUGCAGGAGGAACUCUGCCGCUUACGGGCUGAAAUCUCACAACUUGAGAACACGGGACAGGAGUACGAGCUGGAGAUCGUCACGCUCAGAGCGGAGAUCGAGAUGAAGAGUAAAUUCCGUCAACAGCAGAGGACAGAGGGUGAUGUGGAUGAAUUGAAGGAUACAUGCAUUAAUCUGAAGGAGCAAUGUCAAUUACUACGAGAAGAAAACACAAGACUGACUAACAGACUGCAGUUAUUGCAGAAGAGGAGUUCAAGCGGUGCAUAUGUCACUCUUAAAGAGGAACAGGAGGAGAUAGAGGAGGCAAAAGACAUGGAUUGUGGCACAGAGACUGACGGUGCAGGAUCCUACACAUGCAUGAACCAGAUGAGCUCCAACUGCAGGCUGGUGGAUGCAGGAAUCCAGAAGAAUAUUUCAUUUGAAGGCAAACCCAUCACUCCCACCAGCUGGACAGGAGGAUUUUCAGAGAUCUUGUCACUCAGAGAUCAACUCAAACAGAGUGAGGAGAAGGCUGCACACAUGCAGAGAGAGUGUGAUGGACUAAAGGAUGAACUACAGAACCUGGGCGAAAUGUGCGAAAGCAGUCAGAAAGAGCGAGCCGAGCUAGAGUUGGAGUUGUUACGCUGCAGGGAGGAGCUGGAGAAACAUACUGACGGAAAACAGGCAUAAUUCUACUAACUAUUGAUUUGUUAAUGGCAUUCUGAACUAUAUCCAAGAGAACAAGGUACCUGUCACUUGUUUAUUGGUUGAAACAAUCCUGAAUAUUUAUAAUAAUCAAAUCUUACUCUAUAUUUUAUGCUUUUUUUAGGGCAACAUAGUUGUUUUGACAUUUUCGUAAAAUCAUAAUUUUGCUAUGACUACAGGGAUGCUUUAUUAUAAUCAAUGAUCAAUGAAAAUUGAACUCCUGUGUUCUCCUGUGGUGACAUCAUUUUUAAACAAUUUUCUGCUACAACACCCACCACAGACUUCUCCAUACGUCUAUGAUACCUUCAAAUAAUCUUUACUCAGCAUCUGCUGUUAUUUGCUUUAUAGGCAGUGAUGUGUGUUAUAUUUAUCCUUUAUUCUUCCUCCUGUGUUUUGUAAAGUUGGUAAAAUUAUUUGGUAAUGUUGGAAUGUAUUCACCAAUUAAUUACUGGUUGUUUCAUGAUGUCGUCUAGUUUAUUUUUGAUAUUGUGACAAAGUUGUAGUGAGAAAAUUAUCAGGAGAUGUCCAAAUGCAAAGAAAUAAUCAAUUAACCAUUAUAUUCUUUAAACUAUUUAAUAAUAUGUUUAUGUACUUAUGUUAUUGUGUUAUUCUCAAAGCAGUGUAUGAAUCAGUGUUUUAUUUAAUGUAUUAAAUAAAGUUAUAUAAAACUAUAA